AGUGUGACAGAGUGAGGUAGUGAGAGAGAGUGAGGUAGAGAAUGUGGGCGAGAUAGAGAGUGACAGAGAGACUGAGGUAGUAAGAGAAGGGGGAGAAUGAGGUAGUGUGAGAGAGAGAGAGGUAGAGAUACAGAGAGAGUGAGGUAGGGAGAUAGAGAGACAGAGGUAGUGUGUGUGAGAGAGUGACAGAGAAAGUGAGAUAGUGUGUGUGAGAGAGAGAGAGAGACAGAGAGACUGAGGUAGUGUGUGUGAGAGAGAGAGUGACAGAGAAAGUGAGGUAGUGAGAGAGAGAGAGAUGGCGCCUCUCGCGGAGCUGAAGUCGGAUCUUGCCAGCGGGGAGGAAUUAGCGCCGCAUUUCUCUCACAGAUAAAACUGCGCUCUCCUCUCCGUCUAAUCUCAGUUUAUAUCAAUAGUGUUAUCAGAUUUUAACAGUAAAGCGCCAUUAUUUUCCUUAUUGAUGGUAAACAGCCGCCGAAUCGUCGAGCUUGUCUGGUUAGCUAACGGUAGCUAAGCUAACUAGCUCGCUCGCUAGCUUUAGCUUUAGCUUCAGGCCCCGUUUGGGCUUUUCUGUGACUUGUCAGUUUCUCUGCGCCUCCGCUUAACUCGCUCUCUCCGGGUUUUACGCGUUUGUUCUUCAGAUUUCAAUCGUGUUGGGCUCAUUUCUCGACGGAUUGCCUGGCCUGUAUGCCCUGGGAGGAAGUCAGCGGGUCGGCCAGCGUCGUUGAAGCCGUGAAGAGAAUUGCUGGUCUGCUCAUGGACACAUAGGGACUGCUCUGACUUCAGUUCCCAUUCUGCGUGGGUCAGUCACGAUGAAGAGUGAGGUCCCACCCGAUGCACGCCGCAAACAGGAGCCCCUGAAGGGGCCUCUGGGAAACCCUGAGCCAAUGGAGACGGCCAAAAGCUUCCCGGCAGAGAUGGAGGUGAUCGGCAAGGCCGGCAGCGAGUUCACUCCGCUGUGUGGGGGUGAAACUAGACACAGACCCCUGCGAGAUGCUGGGGGUCGCAGAGAUGCAGACAGGGGACUUUCAGGACGUAAAAAGCGUAAGAGCCAGCAAGCCGGGCCCUCGGACUGUGCCCUGAAGGAGGGGCACGUUAGCGAGACGGUGCUGCCUCCUCCCCACCACAGGCCAGCACUUUUGGAGGCGCGUAGCGAGGACGAGAGGAACCCGGAGUCUUCGUUUAGUGACUGUGCUUCGUCACCCUCCUCUAGCUUACGUUUUGGUGAUUCGGACACUCUUAGCUCGGAAGAGGACAGGGGGCCUGCGGAUGGGUCCGCAGUGGCCCGGCAGCAGCAGCAGCAGCAGCUAAGGGCGUCCGGCCCUGCUUCUGUGGCAAGCACUGGUGGUGGAACAGGGGCAGCAGUGGGCAUACGGCCCCUCUUGAACAGAACACGCCCCAGCAGGUCCCAUAAAUGGGCAAGGCUCGACCCAGAAGCCAAUCACGUGAAGCGGCCGUGCCUGAACUCGCGGCGGCCGCUCAACAGAAAGCGCUUUGUGAAGGGCGGGGCUGGGGGCGGAGCCCAACGGACUCCAAAACAGAAGGAGCGCCUGCUCCUGCAGAGGAAGAAGAGGGAGGUGAUUGCGCGGAGAAAGUAUGCUCUUUUGCACAGCACCAGCAGCUCCAGCGAGGAGCUGACCUCUGACUCCUCCUCGUCUUCCUCCACUGAGGGGGAGGAUGAGCUGUACGUGGGCGUGAGCAGCAGCGGUGGGAGUCAGGCAGGCAGCAAUGCAGUGGCAUCAGGUCCGCUGGAUGAAGAUGUUGUGGUAAUCGAAGCUACUCCUGCACCUCCUGUACCAGCCAGCGAGGAAAUCAACGUCACUUCAACGGACAGCGAGGUGGAGAUAGUGGGAGAUGCCUUCAGGCCGGUGGGGGGUCAUGGCAGGAUGCACUGGGGGCCGAGCUGCUCUCAGAGUCGGGUUCAGGAGGGCCGAGGGCGCCAUCGUCUGUCCACAGUCAUCCAGCCUCUCAGGCAGAACGCCGGGGAGGUGGUGGACCUCACCGUGGAUGAGGACGAUCUCUCAGUCGUGCCAACCACUUCUGACAGCAUCCACUCACAGCCUGCCAGCUCCUCCAUCUCCUCCUCCUCCUCCCUCCACGCCUCUACCUCAGAGCCGCACCAGGAGGCCCCAGGACCCUCUGGAAGCUGUCCUGCUACGGCCCCUGACAGCACGCUGGAGGCCCAGGCCCACGGUGGGGCUCCAGGGCUCAGCACCACCUCUGCCACUGCCACCGAGGAAGACGGUAGGAGAGGUUCAUCAAGUGAAAGUGGAGGUGUAGCGAUGCCUCGGCUGCCGUCCUGCUGCCCACAGCACUCGCCCUGCAGUGGACCCUCCUCAGGGCAUCUCUCCCUGGGUCACUCCCACUCAGGGUGCAUGCAAGCUGGACCGACGCAGCAGCCUGGUUCACAGCAGCCCGCUGCUCCUCACUCCCACAGCCACUCGCACCACUUUCACCACCAUCACCACCACACAGCUCCUACCCCCUCCUCUCUGGCCUUCCCUGAGCCCAGCUGCCCCCUGGAGCGGCCCACAGCCGUGCCUGCCCCCUGCGGUGCAGUCAGCAGCAGCAGCCAGUACCACGACCAGCAGACCCUGCCGGUUGAUCUCAGUAGCAGUGCCGUUCGCAGUACUGGCUCAGGCAGUACCGGGUUCAGCAGCACCUCUGCCUUCGACCCGUGCUGUCCGGGCUCCAACUCGCGGCCUCCUGCCUACGUUUCCCAGGCUGCACCGGGGCCUAGCCAGCCCAGUGUUGCCGACUCAUUCAGCCCAGCCAUGGUGGCCCAACCCCAGUCUCAGCUCUCGUCCUGCAGGCACUACAUGCAUCCCACAUACGGUCCUCUCGCACGCUCCAUGCACCACCAGUCCCCCUCCUCUUGUCCUCAUUCACACGGUAACCCCCCUCCCCCUCCUCAGCCCCCACCACAGGGAGAUUACGUCAUCCCUCACCCCGUCCUCCCCUUCCACACCCAGAUGCCCUCCCAUGGCCCGGGCCAUGCUGUGCCCCCUGCCCCUCCCCCCUCUCUGCCUCCUCACCACCUCCCGGGCUCAAGUGCCCCCCUGCCCCAGCACCUGGCUCCCGAUCACCAGGCCCUGUCGCACCACCUGCCCGUGCUGGGCCCCAACCCUGUGCAGAGGCUUCACCAGCAUGAGAUGCUGCAGAGGAUGGAGGUCCAGAGACGCAGGCUGAUGCAGCACCCGCCUCGAGUACAAGAGAGACCUCCACCUCACCCUCACAGAAUGCACCCUAACUAUGGCCACGGACACCACAUCCAUGUCCCCCAAACCAUGUCCUCCCACCCCCGCCAGACCGACCAGAGAACCACAUGGGAGCUGGGUAUAGAGGCUGGCGUGACUGUAGCUCCAUACGCUUCAGGGCAUCUUCUCCCCCAUCAUCUGCCCCACUACCACGCCCCACCCAGACUGCACCACUUCCCCAUCCAGCUGAUGCACACUGGCAUGUCUGAGGUGACCUAUCCGCACAUUCGCUACAUCUCAUCCAGAAUGACUGGAUUUGGCCGAACCUACGAGGAUCUGCUGCAUUUAGAGGAGCGUCUGGGGACUGUGAAUCGAGGAGCCUCUCAGGGAACUAUAGAGAGGUGCACUUACCCGCACAAGUACAAGAAGAAGGUGGUGGAGAGAGACAUUGACGAACAGUUAUCCCCCGAAGCUUGGGCAUCUAUUGGGAAAGAUAGGCACCCACCCUCAAACUCGAGAAAGCUGCACGGUAAGCAGGACGAGGAGGAGGGGGCUGAGGAAGACACAGAGGAGAAAUGCACCAUCUGUCUGUCUAUACUGGAGGAGGGGGAGGACGUCAGACGCCUCCCCUGUAUGCACCUCUUCCAUCAGCUGUGUGUGGAUCAGUGGCUCCUCACCAACAAAAAGUGCCCCAUCUGCAGAGUGGACAUAGAGGCGCAGCUCUCCUCCGAAAGUUGAUGCUGUUUUUCUAGCGACUUCUUUUUUGUUUGUUUUGUUUUGUUUUUUUUGUUUGACUGUUUUUCUUUUUCAUUUUCUUUUUUUUUUUUUGUUCCUCAGCAACACAUUCAACCAAAGAUGGCAUGACUUACCUGCGCAGAUCCAAUACUAAAAAAAAAAAAAGAUAAAAAAUUAACAGAGCGUAGCGUGCCAGCUAUCAUAUAGUACCGAUACAGCUAGAAACGACAUCUUCAUUAAAGGUUUGGAAUUUUAUUGUAUUUAUAAAGCUUUUAUGUAGCUUUUAAUUGUUUUUAUAAGUGUCAUAGUAUAUAUAUUUUUUUUCUUUGCAUGGAUCCUUGCAAUGCAUUUCUUUGCACAAAUAAAUGAAAUGGGCCUGGCAGGCCCAACGGACUUGCAGGCAAGAAUAGCUGCUCUAGUAAAGAAGCAUUUUUGUAUACCUAAUGCCUUGCUUUACUGGAAUAGAAUGUCAACCUCCAUUAUAAAACAUUGCAGGACUCAUUUUUUGAUCAGUAUAUUAUUGGGUUAGAUUUAUGUUUCUAGACUGUUGCUAGUGUGAUCGGAUUAAGAGUUCUUCUUUCGUUUAUUUUUCAUUUUCAAGUGAAUCAACACAUUCCUUAAUUAGGAAAUCUAAGAUCAUGCUUAUAAGAUCGGUUGCUGUAUUAUCAGUGUUCAUUCAUUCUUCCCCAGCUUUCCUUUUAACAGGGGAAAAAUUAAAACAAUUAAAACUCACCUUCCGGGAUGAGCAUGUGUUUGUGUCAUGGUGGAUCCCUCUGCACAACCUGGUUUCACUUAACUCGGUUACACCGCACCUCACCACGCCUCAUUAUACCUCACGUUGUCUCACCUUGUCUCACCCAGUGUGUUUUUAUAAAAGGAAAAUCGGUAUGAAUGUCUCUGUAUUGUUUGUUUUUUCUUCGUGUCAUAACAAAAAGUGACAUUCACUGAUGAGGACCCGGACUGUGUGUUUUCUCUCACAGCUGGUUCGAUGGGGAUCUCAGACACAAACACAGCCAAACUGGGAAUCUGGAGGAAUGGAGUAUUGUUAUGUUUGUUUCUUCAGUUUAUUUGGGUUAAUUUUCUCCAUUUUCCGUCAUUUGUCUCUCUGCACCCAGUGGCUGUUGCAGGCUGAUUGAUUACUCUGUUCAGAUAUGGUCAUUAACGUGCACUCUUAUGAGUGUGUUGUCUCUCUCUCUCUCUCUCUCUCUCUCUCCCUCUCUCUUGAUCUCUCUCUCUUUAGCUGUGCAGCAAACUGUUGUUUUGAUUUAAGAUUUUCUUUUUGGUUUGUUCUUUUUUUUUUUGUCGUUUGGUUCUUUUGUUUUUGCUGCUGUGAAAGCCUAACACUAAUAUUAUUCUCAACUAGCUAACUUGCAUAUACUUGCACAUGAGAGACAAAAGACAGGAGAGUGCUUUGAGAAUGAAAGUGCGCCAAGGCCAUGUAUUUCCUCUCUGUUUGCUGAAUUUUGAAAAAGAGAAAAAAACUGUAAUAAUUUUAAAUGGAGUGUUGGAAUGCAGUACUUAAUGGCAGGUAUCCAUGCAUUCAUAGACUUAAUGGUCCCGGGAUGAUACUCCAUGGGAUUUACAUUAGUUUUAAAAUAAUGAUAUUAAUAAAGUUAGGUAACUCUU